ACCUCAUUGAUGCGUUUAACACCCAGAUCUUUGAUCAGUGAACAUAUUUGAGAGAAGUCAAAGGAGACCUUCACGCCGUCAACAUGGUCGAGUGGACAGAUGCCGAGCGCAGCGCCAUCACCACCCUGUGGUCGAACAUCGAUGUGGGUGAGAUCGGACCCCAGGCUUUGACCAGGCUUCUGGUCGUGUUUCCGUGGACUCAGAGAUACUUUGGGACCUUUGGAGACCUCUCCACCACCGCCGCCAUCCUCGGAAACCCCAAAGUGGCCAACCAUGGAAAGACAGUGAUGGGUGGACUGGAGUCUGCUGUGAAGAACAUGGACAACAUCAAGAACACCUACGCCAAGCUGAGUGUGAUGCACUCUGAGAAGCUCCAUGUGGAUCCUGAUAACUUCAGGCUUCUGGCUGAGUGCAUCUCUGUGUGUGUGGCUGCCAAGUUUGGCCCCAGCGUCUUCACCGCUGGUUUCCAGGAGGCCUGGCAGAAGUUCCUGGCUGUGGUUGUCUCUGCUCUGGGCAGACAGUACCACUGAGCACCUGGAGCUUCUGUCUCCUGCUAGAAGUGCAGCAGCACCAAAAGUCAUUCUACAGUCAUUGAUCUGGUGAAAUGCUGCCGUGAUACAUCAAUAAAAAGCCUCAAAUUA